GUGGCGGCGCCAUCAUGGUGUAGACGGUAGCAGUGAUUUUUGGCUCGGUUGUUAAGAAAUUUUGGAUCAUAAGAAACUCAAGAACUGAAAAAUUGAGGUAUAAUGGUUUCAAACAGAGAUGGAGUAGGCUUAGCUGAAGUUCAUGAUAAAAUGCCUUCCGUUGGGGCUUCUGAUGGUUGUAAUGGAGAAAGUUCUGUUGAAACUUCAAUGUCUGAAGAGGGUUUGCUGAACGAUGAAAAGCCUAGAACGAGGAGUCAGGUUAAAUUGGCAAUUAUUUCCAGUAAAUUUAACUUACUGAAAGUGGGUUCCAGUGGCAAUUUACAUUCUCCAACAUCUAAAUUUCGGCAGAUUGCUAAAGAAAAAGAUGAUAUAUCACGUUCUGUACCCUCUUCUACCAGCCAACGGUUCCGACAACGUUUCAGUGGGAUCCUUGCUAAGAAAAUUGAUUGGACAUCUCUAUCAAAAAUCUGCCAAGAGUGGAUCAAGAAUCCUUUGAACAUGACUCUCUUUUUAUGGAUAACUUGCGUUGCCGUCUCUGGAGCAAUCCUUUUUCUUGUUAUGACAGGAAUGCUUAAUGGUGUCCUAUCAAAGAAGUCAGAGCGAGAUGCCUGGUUUGAGGUCAAUAAUCAAAUCCUUAAUGCUCUCUUUACUCUUAUGUGUCUAUACCAACACCCAAAGCGGUUUCACCACUUUGUACUCCUGAUACGGUGGAAUCCAAAGGAUGUCACUGCACUUAGAAAAAUAUACUGUAAGAAUGGCACUUACAAGCCCCAUGAAUGGGCGCAUAUGAUGGUGGUAGUUUUGUUACUCCAUUUGAAUUGCUUUGCUCAGUAUGCACUAUGUGGCCUUAAUUUAGGAUACAGAAGAUCUGAACGACCUGCUAUCGGUGUUGCUAUCUGCCUCAGUGUUGCCAUUGCUGCUCCUGCGGCUGCAGGUGUGUACUCCAUUGUUAGCCCACUAGGAAAGGAGUAUGAUUCACAAGUUGAUCCAGAAGCUCAGGAUCAAACUUUCAUGAACAGUACAGGCAAUCCCAACAGCUGGAAGUUGUCAUUGGAGAAACGAUUUUCAUUUGCAUCAAGAAAUGAGCACAGAACUCUUGAGCAUGCACCUGUAUGGAGAGGGGGGUUAUUUGACAUUUGGGAUGAUAUUGUUGUAGCAUAUCUUUCUGUUUUCUGUAGCUUUUGUGUUUUAGGGUGGAACCUGGAAAGACUUGGUUUCGGGAAUAUGUAUGUUCAUUUUGCAACUUUCCUCCUCUUUUGCACGGCACCAUUUUGGAUUUUCAACUUGGCUGCUGUCAAUAUUGAUAAUGAGACUGUCAGGGAAGCUUUGGGAUUAACAGGUGUAAUUCUUUGUGUUUUUGGUGUCCUCUAUGGUGGCUUCUGGAGGAUCCAAAUGAGAAAGAGAUUCAAUUUGCCAGCAAAUAACUCAUGUUGUGGAAAGCCAGACAUUGCGGAUUGUGCUCAAUGGCUUUUCUGUUGUUGGUGCUCUCUUGCUCAGGAAGUCCGAACAGCUGAUUAUUAUGAUAUUCUGGAAGAUAAGUUUUGCAGGAAACAAACUGAUGAACAUGACCAACCAACCCUGUCUCCAUUACGGCGUGAAGAUGGAUCGGUUCAAUUCAGAUCCAGUCCAACUUCUCCCAUUUGGGAUAGCCCUGGACCGUCCAGGUUAGGGACUGAAAAUUCUCCAAGUCCAGGCAGAUUUCCAAUGGAUCACUAUAGUCCACAUAGACAGCUCUUAAAUCUGGAAGUAGACUAUUCCUCAAAGGAUGAUGACAAUUAUAUGAAGCCUCCUGUUUGGCCAUCAAUGCUGAGAGAAGACAAUACCAAUCAAAAACUGUAAAGAGUAGAUUACUAUUGACACAUUUAAAGACAAACACCCAGCUUUGUAGCUUUUUGGGUGGAGAAAUCUGUAGAACGCUUAGAAUUGUAUUGACGCUGAAAGUUUCAACCUUCCGCCACCAUUCAUAUUACACAAGUCAGAGAUCAACAUGACUGUAAAUGUCAGUAUGGUUGUUUUCAAAUGAUAUAUUUAUUCAUGACAACAUAAAUUAACAAUAGACAAAUGAAGCACACAAAACCAGACACCAGUCACAUACAGGCCAGUGUAAGCUAUAGUUUGAAGUCAUGGAACCUUUGAAAUCCCUAUUCUCUGUUCCCCUUUUUUUCUAGUAACGAGAGCUAGUUGUGGCCAUAUAGCCCACAUGAUAAUGGUCAUAUAAUAUACAGUUUGUCAAAUAGAUAUGAUAUA